CAUAACCUUUGAAAGAGACAUGUUAACUUUCUUAACGUCUUCCAUUUCGUCCCUUCCAAUUCAAACAAAAGCUAAACACCUCUCUCUUCAAAGUGCCACUCAUUCAUGUAUCUUGCUUCUCUUUCUGCCUCUCUUGACUCUCUUUUUUUAAUCUCCUUCAAUGGCUAGAAAUUAUAGAAUACUCUUCCCUACACUCACUGCAACAAGCCCAUCCUCAAACUGUGAUGGUUUUUGUGACCUAGCUUGCCCUUUUAACUGUCCACCUUUCCCAGACUAUAGCUAUUUCUCACCACCACCUCCACCACCAUCUCUCACAGCCUCUCAUAGCUCAAAAUUCUUAAGCCACCACUUCUCAACCUUCCUUAUUAUCUCCCUUUCUGUCUUAGUCGGCCUUCUUGUUCUUAUUAGUUACUAUGUUCUAAUAGUAAGGUCUUGUCCAAGUUGGUGUAGCCGAAGAAAUAAUGGACGUACAUCCUCUCAAUCAGACGGUACAGAUGAAGAUUUUCUUGAUGAGAAUCAUGUUGAUCAUCCUAUAUGGUUCAUCACCACCGUUGGUUUACAACAGUCUAUUAUAAGCUCGAUAGCAGUUUGUAAGUACAAGAAAGAUGAGGGUUUGAUUGAAGGCACCGAGUGUUCUGUGUGUUUGAAUGAGUUUCAUGAAGAUGAAAUGCUUAGACUCUUGCCUAAGUGUAGCCAUGCCUUUCAUAUACGUUGCAUUGAUACUUGGUUGAGGUCUCAUACAAACUGUCCUCUAUGCCGUGCCAAUAUAAUUGUGAGCGAUACUGUAAGCUUAGACCUUGUUAGUCAUCUGGGUUCAGUGGAUCAGAAUGCUAAUAAUUUGGACAGAAACCAAGAGACCACUAUGAUGAACUCUGGGAAUGAUGGUGACAUCUCUGAAAACCCAGCUGGAAUAACCGAUGAAAGCGAAUUGCUAGAGGUUAAUGGUGAAAGAACAUCAAAAGAGGCUGUGAAUUGUAGUGGGAAUAAUGAUCUUCAGGCACUUGGUGAUGAUUCAAUGGAUAAUGGUAUACAAGUAAUAAGGUCUAUUUCAGAAGGGAGCUUGGUUAAUGAAAUUGAAGAUGCUGAAAAUUCACAGUUAGAUAUUGUACCAAAGCAAGAUGUUUCAAGUUCUGAAGUGGAGCUGGAGUAAGUCUUUUUGUAUCACGAAGUGUGAAUAUUGCAGGACAGAAUUGAUGCCUCAAAAGGCAAAGGUAUCACCUCCACUUGCAAGCUCUAAUUACUUUGUAAUUCAAUUUACUUGGCUAUGUUUCUGCAAAGGGAUAAACCAUUUGAUUUUGGCUGUGCCUACAAAUAUAUAUAUUUUUUCUUUUUUGA